AAACCGUUAAUUUUUAUGUAAAAUGGUUUUAGAUAUGAUAUGUAACUUUCGUAAAUGCAGAAAAUCCUUAUCCAGCAACGCAUGGGUCACUACUUGUUCACAUGCCUUUUGCGUCGAACACGGUCAAAGGGAAUUCAAGAGGAACUCAGAAAAUUCUCUGACAUGUCCCGCGUGUGGGAGUGAACUGCGUGAUAAAUUCGACGUAAUCCAAGCGGAUCUUAAACCAAGUGAAACAUUUAAAUCAAUUGUAUUAGCGGGUUUGAAGCCCGAUGCUAUCAUGGACGUAGCAAUGCGAGCGAUAUCUUUUUGGUCAUAUCAAGUUGAACAGGAGACCUUAUAUCAAGAGGGUCUUGCGAAGCACGCAAAGGAAAAACUCAAUUGCUUGGAAGAGGUAAACAAUCUGAAUAUACAAAAGCUAAAAGCAGAAUUAGAAACGAGCAAACGUAAAAUUGCAUCCUUACAAGCUGAUUUUAACAGGAAAAGGAAACACGCAGAAGAACUCACUGCACGUUUGGAAGAGAAAACGAGACAAAUACAGAAGUUAACUUUUCAAGUAGAUGCACAGAAAAGAAAAGAUUUUCGUUUACCGAAUUUCGAAGAAAAAAACGAUCUCGAUAAUCAAGAGAAAUGUUUGAAUAUCACAGAUUUGGUAGGUAAACGAGCAGCAUCAGAAGCCUUUGUGUUUAAACCUAUGAGGGAAAAUGAGAACUCGCACCGAAUAUGUUCACCGAAGACCCCUCUUUUCGACUUUCGACACAAAAGUAAACGGCCAGGCUUUCAGUUCAGGCCCUUUCAAUCUUAAUAUCAUAAUAUAAGCAUGCAAGUUAUAUAAUUAAGCGUA